AUGCCCGGCGGCGGCGACUUCGGAAAGAAGAAAGACGCUAAGAAAGAGAAGCCAAAGUAUGAACCACCCGUUGAGGCCAAGUUCGGCAAGAAGCGCAGAAAGGGACCCGACACUGCUGUCAAAUUGCCCAAUGUAUAUCCUACAACCCGCUGUAAAUUGAAGCUUUUGAAGUUAGAGCGUAUCAAGGACCACUUAUUGUUGGAGGAGGAAUUCAUUGCAAAUCAAGAAGCAUUCCAGCCCACUGAAGCAAAGCAAGCCGAGGAGCGUGACAAAGUUGAUGAGUUGCGUGGCUACCCAAUGUCUAUUGGUACAUUAGAAGAGAUCAUCGAUGAUGACCAUGCAAUUGUGUCGAGCACAGCAGGAUCCGAAUACUACGUUUCCAUCAUGUCAUUUGUGGACAAGGGCUUGUUGGAGCCUGGCUGCUCGGUUCUUUUGCAUCAUAAAACCGUUUCUGUUGUUGGUGUUUUGCUGGACGAAGCCGACCCCAUGGUAUCUGUCAUGAAGUUGGACAAGUCGCCCAAGGAGUCUUACGCAGACAUUGGUGGUUUGGAGUCGCAGAUCCAAGAAAUAAAAGAAGCUGUUGAGUUGCCGUUGACACAUCCAGAAUUGUAUGAGGAAAUGGGUAUCAAGCCUCCUAAGGGUGUCAUUCUAUAUGGUGCCCCUGGUACUGGAAAGACUCUAUUAGCCAAGGCGGUAGCAAACCAAACGAGCGCUACAUUUUUGAGAAUUGUGGGCUCAGAAUUGAUUCAGAAAUAUUUGGGUGACGGACCUCGUUUGUGUCGCCAAAUCUUUCAAAUCGCAGGUGAAUUGGCACCAUCCAUUGUUUUUAUUGACGAGAUCGAUGCUAUUGGAACGAAGCGUUACGAAUCAACCUCUGGAGGAGAGAGAGAGAUUCAGAGAACUAUGUUGGAAUUGUUGAAUCAACUAGAUGGUUUCGAUGACAGAGGUGACAUCAAGGUCAUCAUGGCUACAAACAAAAUCGAGUCGUUGGACCCUGCUUUGAUUAGACCGGGAAGAAUAGAUAGAAAAAUCUUAUUCGAGAACCCCGACUCCAACACAAAGAAGAAAAUCUUGUUGAUUCAUACAUCGAAAAUGAAUUUGGCAAGUGAUGUUAAUCUUGAUGAGCUUGUCACAUCCAAGGAUGACUUAUCGGGAGCUGAUAUCAAGGCCAUGUGUACUGAAGCUGGUCUUUUGGCUUUGAGAGAGCGUAGAAUGCAAGUGAAGGCAGAGGACUUCAAAACAGCCAAGGAGCGCGUCCUCAAAAACAAGGUUGAAGAGAACUUAGAGGGCUUGUAUUUGUAG